AUGUUUACCAAUAAUCAAAGACAAGAGGAACGUACUGGAAAAAACGGAACACCAAGGCUUCAAUAUCUACAGGAGCUUGUGAGUCAGUUUCAGAAUGCAACUGAUGAAGAAACAAAGGAGAGAAUUGUAGCAAACUUGGCAAAUUUUGCCUAUGACCCUUACAACUACACUAUCUUACGUCAGCUAAAUGUCUUGGAACUGUUCAUAGACUGUAUAACAGAGCCAAAUGAGAAGCUUGUGGAGUUUGGGAUAGGAGGAAUAUGCAACGCCUGUGCUGAGCGAAAGAAUGCUGCGACCAUCGUCGAAGCUGAUGGGAUUCCUCUUAUAAUCAAAUGUUUAUCAAGCCCUGUCAGGAACACUGUGAAUUACGCGCUUGGGGCUUUGUAUUACGUGUGUGACUAUAACAGAGCAACAAGAGAGGAGAUUAUGAAGCCAGAAGUGUUGGAUCUUAUCGAGAGAUACGCAGCAGCUGAAACGGUCAGUGUAAGCUUUAGUAACUUGGCUAAAGCGUUUCUUGACAAGCAUGUUCAUACAAACACAUGA